AAGCAGCCGCGCGGCGCGUCAGCCUGACACCCCGAGCGCAGCCUGUGCAGCUCGACAAUCUGAUUCAUUUCCCGCGAGCUGCGCCACCUUGACGACGUUAAAUCAUUGAGAAAAGACAGGAAACACACUCAUUCUUCAUCCCACAAUCGCAUCCCGCCUCCCCUCUUCUCGCCUCCCCUCAUCCUUUCCGUCUCAUUCCUGCGUGCGGCAGAGCGGCGGCGUGCAUGAGCCGGGGAGCGGGGCAGCGCUGCACUCGACUCCGCACUGGACAUCACCUCAUAACGGCGCUUGGCAACCGGGUGGCGGCGGCGGUGGCGGCGGCGGAGGGGGAGACUGGACCCGGACCAGGAGCAGGAGCAGGACAAGGACCGUGGCUCCUCAAAGCCCGCUCUCCGUGAAACAUGUCCGAGUUUUUUCUACUCGCCUUUCUAGCCAUUCUCUCGGGAUUAUAUCCAACGACCGACUCGGACGCGCAGAAAGACGCCAUCUUGUGUGACAUAGGGGAGUUUCACUGUCACCACGCGGAAACAUGCGUCCCCGAGGCCUGGCUCUGUGACGGGGAACCCGACUGUCCCGACGCCUCCGAUGAAACCGAAAAGCUGUGUGUGCAGGAGGUGGCGAUCAGAUGUCCCCUCAACCACAUACAGUGCAUAGGAACAAAAAAAUGUAUCCAUUUCAACAAACUUUGCAACGGAGCUAAAGACUGCGACGACGGCUAUGACGAAGGCGUCCACUGUCGAGAGCUCCUGUCAGCCUGCCACGAGCUCCGCUGCCGCUACGGCUGCAUUAUGACGAGAAAUGGCACCUUCUGUUUCUGUGCUGACGGCUUUGAGGUCGGCGACGAUGGGAAGAGCUGCAGAGAUCAUGAUGAAUGUGCCAUGUACGGCGCGUGCAGCCAGACCUGCGCCAACACCUAUGGGUCGUACCGAUGCAGCUGCGUGGAAGGAUACAUCCUCCAGCCCGACAAGAGAUCCUGCAAAGCCAAGCAAGAUCCAGGUGACCCCAAUUCGCUGCUCCUCACCGCCGGAUCGGGUCGGCUCGCCAUCACACACCUCAACGGAACAGGCCUCCUGCCCCUCAGGUCGCUGAGUUUAAAUGGCUCCCUGGCGGUGGAUUUCCAGCACAACCAGCAGAGUGUUUGCUGGGUACAGUCUUCGGAGACCGCCGGACAACUGCGCUGCGCUGAACUGAGGAACCUCCGCGGCUUCACACGAGAGCGGGAAAUAAGAACCCAACACAGCUUGCAAAAUGCAGAACAGAUGGCUAUCGAUUGGCUGACGGGUAACUUCUACUUUGUUGACCGAGCCACUGACAAGAUAUUUGUCUGCGACCACAGUGGGAACACUUGUAUAACCAUCCUGCAACUCAACUUGCAAAAUCCUAAAGGAAUCGCUCUGGAUCCUCUAAUGGGGAUGAUGUUCUUCACCGACUACGGGGAUGUGGCCAAGGUGGAGCGCUGCAACAUGGAUGGCACCAACAGGACCCGGCUGGUGGAUUAUAAAAUUGAGCGGCCCACAGCUGUGGCGCUGGAUAUUGUGAAGAAGCUGGUUUACUGGGCGGAUGCCUACCUGGAUUACAUCGAUGUUGUGGAUUACCAAGGCAAGAACAGGCACAGCAUCAUCCACGGGAGCCAAGUGUCCAAUAUUUUUUCACUGGCCCUGUUCGAGGACUACCUCUAUGCUACACACUCGGACCCUUCCAAAGAGGGCGCUACUGUGGAGCUGCUAAGAGUCCACAGAUUUAACCUCACGGCGGAGAGCAAGACUCUGGCGAGCCUGGGGGAUACCCGGGCGCUCCGUGUCUACCACAAACUCACUCAACCAAAAGUUAGAAGUCACGCAUGUGAAAUGGAUCCAUAUGGACGGCUGGGCGGAUGCUUCCAUAUCUGUCUACUCAGUGGCAGUUACAAGUCGAGAACAUGCCAUUGCCGUACUGGUUACAGCCUGGCCUCUGACGGACAGACCUGCAAAAAACCCAAGAACGACCUCUUCCUGUUCUACGGCAAGGGACGGCCUGGAGUCAUCAGGGGCCUGGACAUUAACAUCAAGUCAACAGACGAGCACAUGGUGCCCAUAGAAGACCUGGUCAACCCAAGAGCAAUCGACUACCACGCAGAAUCAGGCUAUGUGUAUUUUGCGGACACCACCAGUUUCCUCAUCGGUCGGCAAAAGAUCGACGGCAAUGGCAGAGAAACUAUCCUCAAAGAGGAACUCGACAACGUGGAAGGGAUCUCUGUGGACUGGAUUGGGAGAAACUUGUACUGGACAAACGACGGAUACAGGAAGACCAUCAGCGUCGCCAGGCUGGAACAAGCUUCCCAGACCAGGAAGACGCUCUUGGAGGGAAACAUGUCUCACCCCAGAGCCAUCGUGGUCGACCCGUUAAACAGCUGGAUGUACUGGACAGACUGGGAGGAGGAUGAGGUCAACGACAGCAUCGGACGGAUCGAAAAAGCCUGGAUGGACGGCUCCAACCGCCGAAUCUUCGUCACCUCAAACAUGCUGUGGCCCAACGGCCUCACACUCGACCACAGCUCCAGCUCCAUGUACUGGUGCGACGCCUACUACGACCACAUCGAGAAGAUUCACUUGAACGGCACGGGAAGAAUGGUGGUGUACAGUGGGAAAGAGCUCAACCACCCAUUUGGAAUCUCUCACUAUCGUAAUUUUAUUUUUUGGACGGAAUACAUGAACGCCUCCGUGUUCCAGCUGGACUUGUCAUCCGGAGAUGUCACUCUGCUGCGAAGCGAGAGACCGCCGCUUUUUGGGUUGCGUGUGUAUGACGCACAGGGCCAACAAGGUGACAACGCCUGCAGUUUGAAUUAUGGGGGCUGUGGUACCCUCUGCCUCGCCAUCCCAGGAGGCAGAGUGUGUGCCUGCGCUGACAACCAGCUUCUGGAGAAGAACAAUGUCACCUGUGCAGAUGUUUCCAGCAGAGUCGCAGAACCGCAGCGGUGCAAAAGCGAUGAGUUCCAGUGCCACAAUCAGCGCUGCAUACGGGCCACGUGGAAGUGUGACGGAGACGACGACUGUCUGGACGGCAGCGAUGAAGAAAGCCACAGCUGCUACAACCACUCCUGCCCCCCGGACCAAUUCAAAUGUAGCAACAACCGGUGCAUUCCGAAGCGAUGGCUGUGCGAUGGAACGAAUGACUGUGGAAACAGUGAGGAUGAGUCCAACACGACAUGUCUGGCCCGGCCCUGCCAGGCCGAUCAGUUCUCUUGCCAAAACGGGCGGUGCAUACCUCAAGCGUGGCUCUGUGACCGCGAGGACGACUGCGGGGACAAGUCGGACGAAAUAUCCUGCACCUUCCCCACUUGUGAGCCGCUUACGCAGUUCCGUUGUUCCAGCGGGCGAUGCAUCAGUGAGAAGUGGCACUGUGACUCAGACGACGACUGUGGAGAUGGAAGCGAUGAAGUGGGUUGCAUCCAGGCGUGCACCGGUGGCCAGUUCAAGUGUGCCAGCGGUCGCUGCAUUCCUGAGCACUGGGUGUGCGACGGUAAUAAUGACUGCGGAGAUUUCAGUGACGAAAAUUCCACUUGCAGAGGCAGCUCAGCUGCGCUGCCAUCUGUGAUUGAGUGCGGUGCCGAGGAAUUCCACUGUGUCACAGAUGGGACCUGCAUCCCCGAGCUCUGGAGAUGCGACGGUGACGGUGACUGUGAGGACAGCAGCGACGAGAAAGACUGCAAAGGGCCCAAAAGGAUGUGUGAUCCGAAAGCCAAGUUCGCCUGCAAAGACACAGGAAAGUGCAUCACGAAGAGCUGGGUGUGCGACGGGGACAUCGAUUGCGAGGACCGCUCCGACGAGGAGUCAUGCCAGUCCGCAGUCUGUGAGCCACCCAAGUACCACUGUGCCAAUGACACAUCUGUGUGUCUCACUCCGGAUAAGAUUUGCAAUGGCAAAGUGGACUGUCCUGACCGCUCAGAUGAAGGACCCAUAUGCGAUUUAUGCCUGGUAGCCAGAGGUGGCUGCAGUCACCAGUGUACUGUGGCACCAGGGAAAGGGGUGGUGUGUUCCUGUCCCCCCGGGCUUGACCUGGACUCCAGCAACAAGACAUGUGAGGUUGUGGACUACUGCAGCCGACACCUGAAGUGCAGCCAGGUGUGUGAGCAGUACAAGACCACAGUGAAGUGUUCCUGUUAUCCAGGAUGGACGCUUGACCCAGACGGAGACAGCUGUCACAGCACAGACUCCUUUGAGGCUUUCAUAAUUUUCUCCAUCCGGCACGAGAUAAGAAGAAUUGACCUUCACAAGCGGGACUACAGUCUUCUGGUGCCAGGGCUGAGGAACACUAUCGCACUAGACUUCCACUUCAACCGCAGCCUCCUUUACUGGACAGAUGUAGUGGAGGAUAAGAUCUACAGGGGGAGACUCUCGGACUCUGGAGGGGUGACAGGUAUUGAAGUGGUGGUGCAGCACGGUCUGGCUACUCCAGAAGGAUUAGCAGUCGACUGGAUCACGGGGAAACUGUACUGGAUUGACAGCAAUCUCGACCAGAUUGAGGUGGCAAAGCUGAAUGGAGAUAUGCGGACCACCCUGAUUGCAGGAGGCAUGGAGCAUCCGCGGGCCAUUGCACUCGACCCAGGUCAAGGAAUCCUUUUCUGGACUGACUGGGAUGCUACAUUCCCACGCAUUGAAGCCGCGUCGAUGAGUGGAGGAGGUCGCCACAUUGUUUUCAAAGAUAUGGAGAUCGGAGCCUGGCCUAAUGGACUGACACUGGAUCAUCUGGAAAAGAGGAUUGUUUGGACGGAUGCACGCUCUGACGCCAUAUUCUCUGCGCUGUAUGAUGGAAGGGGAGUCAUUGAGAUCCUUAGAGGCCAUGAGUAUCUCUCCCACCCCUUUGCCGUGUCCCUGUUUGGAGGAAACGUGUACUGGACCGACUGGAGGACAAACACUUUAGCCAGAGCUAACAAGUGGACUGGGCGGAAUGUGACUGUCAUCCAGAAGACGAGUGCUCAACCUUUUGACCUGCAGAUAUUUCACCCCAGCAGACAACCACAAGCCAAAAAUCCAUGUGAGGCGAACGGCGGACGUGGUCCUUGUUCACAUCUGUGUCUCAUCAAUUAUAACUCCACGGCUUCCUGCGCCUGCCCGCACCUGAUGAAGCUUUCACCCAAUAAACAAUCCUGCUUUGCUUUAAAGAGGUUCCUCCUGUACGUGCGGCGCUCUGAGAUCCGUGGCGUGGACAUCGACAACCCCUACAUGAACGUGAUGACGGCGCUGACGGUGCCUGACAUCGACGACGUGGCAGUGGUCGACUAUGACGCUCAGGAGGAGAGGAUUUACUGGGCCGACAUCAAAACCCAGACCAUCAAACGGGCCUUCAUCAACGGAACGCAGCUGGAAACAAUCAUCUCUACAGAAGAGGUGAACUGCCGCGGUCUGGCUCUGGACUGGCUCUCCCGGAACUUGUACUGGCUCAGCUCAGAAAACGACGAGUCGCAAAUCAAUGUGGCUCGCUUUGAUGGCUCCCUGAAGACUUCAGUCAUCCACGGCAUUGAUAAACCAAGGUGCCUUGUAGUGCAUCCUGUCAAGGGGAAAAUCUAUUGGACGGACGGCAACUCUAUUAACAUGGCCAACAUGGACGGGAGCAACAGCAAGGUCCUUCACCAGAAUCAAAGAGAACCUGUAGGUCUCUCGAUUGACUAUUCCACUAGCAAGCUGUACUGGAUCAGCUCGGCCAACAGCACCAUCAACAGGUGCAAUCUGGACGGCAGUGGCCUGGAAGUGCUGGAAGCUCUGAAGAGGCUGCUGGCCAAAGGCACCGCGCUGGCCGUGAUGGGGAGCAAACUGUGGUGGGCAGAUGAAGACGCCGCCCAGCUGGGAACAGUAACCAAGAGAGAUGGCCGGAACUUCAUGAUCCAUAGAAACAAAACCAGCGGUGUGGUUCAUAUGAAAGUCUAUGACCGGGAAGGGCAGAAAGGUAAAAACCUGUGCCAAGUCAACAACGGAGGAUGCUCUCAACUCUGCUUCCCGACCUCGGAAAACACCCGCAGCUGCUCCUGUACUGUUGGAUAUAACCUGCGCAGUGACCGUAUGUCUUGUGAAGGUGUUGAUUCGUUUCUGAUGUACUCCGUCCACGAGGGAAUCCGUGGAAUCUCCCUGGAUCCGGACGACAACAGCGAAGCUCUGAUGCCUGUCACAGGAACCCUGUUUGCUGUGGGAGUUGACUUUCAUGCAGGAAAUGACACUGUGUACUGGACGGACAUGGGGCUGAACAGAAUAUCCAGAGCCAAGCGUGACCAGACCUGGCGUGAGGACAUCAUUACGACUGGAAUCAGCCGGGCUGAAGGAAUUGCGGUGGACUGGAUUGCAGGGAAUCUCUACUGGACUGACCAUGGAUUCAAUCUGAUCGAAAUCUGCCGUCUGAACGGUGCCUAUCGCUCAGUGGUUAUAUCUGAGGGUCUCGAUCAGCCCAAAGGCAUCGCAGUACACCCACAGAAAGGGUAUCUCUUCUGGACAGAGUGGGGGCAAAAGCCCUGCAUAGGACGGUCCCGCCUCGACGGCUCAGACCAGGUCACCAUGGUCAACACUGGCAUCAUGUGGCCCAAUGGAAUCUCCAUAGACUACGAGGAAAAUACAUUAUACUGGUGCGACGCCCGCACGGAUAAGAUCGAGAGAAUCAACCUUGAGACAGGUGAGAGCCGGGAGAUUAUCCUGUCGUUGGCCAACGUGGAUCUGUUCUCCGUGGCCGUGUUUGGUCCAUACAUCUACUGGUCUGACAGGGCCCACUCCAAUGGCUCGAUCCGACGUGCCCUCAAGACCGACACCAGCGAGGCGGUGACCAUGAGGAGUGGCCUUGGGGUUAAUUUGAAGGAUGUCGCCAUCUUCAGCAGAGGCAGAGAAAAAGGAACCAACCCUUGCGGUCGAAACAAUGGCGGCUGCCUGCAGCUGUGCUUCCACCUGGGCAGCGGCCGCCGAACGUGCUCCUGUGCUCACGGUCGCCUGGCUGAGGAUGGCUUCGCCUGUGAGCGCUACGAAGGAUAUCUGCUCUACUCUGAGAGGACCAUUUUGAAAAGCAUUCACCUUUCGGACGAGAACGACCUCAACUCGCCUGUUCAGCCUUUUGAGAACCCCUCUUUGUUCAAGAACAUUGUAGCGCUGGCCUUCGACUACAGCCAGAAGACAGCCGGGACCAAUCGGAUCUUUUUCAGUGAUGUCCACUUCGGAAAUAUCCAGAUGAUCAAUGAUGACUGGACUGGAAGAUCUGUCAUCACAGAAAAUGUGGGAACAGUGGAGGGUCUGGCCUACCACCGAGCCUGGGACAUGUUGUAUUGGACAAGCUCGACUACCUCUGAAAUCACCAGGCAAAGUGUGGAUCAGAAACAAGCUGGUGCCCUGAGCCGGGAGGCCGUCGUUUUUCUUUCGGAGGAAGACCACCCACACGCAUUGGCACUGGAUGAGUGUCAAAACCUGAUGUUUUGGACCAACUGGAAUGAGCAAAGGCCCAGCAUCAUGAGAUCAACCUUGACAGGCAAGAACUUGAGGAUAAUCAUCGGGUCGGACAUCCUGACACCAAACGGACUGACCAUCGACCACACUGCGGAGAAGCUCUACUUUUCAGAUGGAACGCUGGGCAAGAUCGAAAGAUGUGAUUUUGACGGGUCCGGCAGAUAUGUUAUUAUCAAAUCGGGACCUGGAAACUUCUACGGCCUCACCAUCUAUGCGGAUUUCCUCUACUGGUCUGACUGGGCCCGGAGGUCCGUGCUGCGGACAAACAAGUACACCGGCGCCGACACGAAAGUUCUGCGAGCGGACAUACCACACCAGCCGAUGGGAAUUAUCGCCGUGGCCAGUGACACAAACAAAUGUGAGCUAUCUCCAUGCCGACACAUGAACGGGGGAUGUGGUGACCUUUGUCUCCUGACGCCGCACGGGAGAGUGAAUUGCAGUUGCCGUGGAGAACGUGUGCUCUUGGACGACCACAGAUGUGUGUCGGAGAAUUCCUCCUGUAACAUUCACACUGAAUUUGAGUGCGGGAACGGGGAGUGCAUUAGCUAUCAGCUAACCUGCGACGGAAUCGCCCACUGCAAAGACAAAUCGGAUGAGAAGAUGCAAUACUGUGACAACAGGAGCUGCCGGAAGGGUUUUCGUCCCUGCUACAACCAGCGAUGUGUAGCCAACCGUCGCUUCUGCGAUGGGAUUGAUGACUGUGGGGAUAACUCUGAUGAAGCCUUCUGCAGCAAUGUCACAUGCGGCCCAUCCGAGUCAGCGUGCAAAGAUGGGAGCUGUAUUCCAAGCUCAGCCUGGUGUAACCAGGUCAUCGACUGCGCUGACGCCUCGGAUGAAAGAAGCUGCAACCAAACUGACUGCACUCACUAUUACAAGUUGGGAAUAAAAGAAAAGGAUUUCAUCAAAUGCAACUCCACCUCGCUGUGCAUUCAUCCGUCCUGGAUCUGUGACGGCGCCAACGACUGCGGGGACUACGCUGAUGAGACCAACUGCCAGGUAUCGCAGGGCCAAAAGUGCGAAGAAGGCCACUUUGCUUGUCCUAGUGGGAACUGCAUCUCCAGCGUGUGGCUGUGCGACGGCCAAAAAGACUGCGAAGACGGAGCGGACGAAUUUCAGUGUGACUCGUCGUGCUUGUGGAACCAGUUCGCCUGCUCCAAGAACAAGUGCAUCGCCAAACAGUGGCUGUGCGACGGUGAGAACGACUGCGAGGACGGCCUGGACGAGAGCGUGCAGAUCUGCGGCACAGUGACGUGUGCGCCCGGACUCUUCAGCUGCCCCGGGUCUUACGCCUGCGUUCCGAAGCGUUGGCUGUGUGACGGUGAACGUGACUGCCCCGAUGGGAGCGAUGAACUCUCAGCUGCUGGAUGUGCUCCCAACAACACGUGCGACGACAGUUCAUUUCACUGCCACAACAAAGCUUGCAUCCCUCAGCGAUUCGUCUGCGACCACGACGACGACUGCGGGGACGGAUCCGAUGAGUCGGUGGAAUGUGUCUAUCGCUCCUGCGGAUCAGAGGAGUUUCGCUGCGGGGACGGCCGUUGUCUCCUCAGUGCACAGUGGGAGUGUGAUGGCUAUGCGGACUGCCCGGACCACUCUGACGAACUGCCUCUGAACCUCAAAUGCCUAGCUGCAGGAAGCCUGUGCAACGGCUCCUUCUUCAUGUGCUCGAAUGGACGCUGCAUCUCCGAGGGGAGUCUCUGUGACGGGCGGGAUGAUUGCGGUGACGGAUCGGAUGAGAGGAACUGCAACGUGAACGAGUGCUUGAACCGCCGGGUCAGCAGGUGCACGCAAGACUGCCAAGAUCUUCCUGUGGGAUACAAGUGCAAAUGCUGGCCCGGGUUCCACCUGAAGGACGAUGGGAAGACAUGCGUGGACAUUGAUGAAUGCUUCACUACUCUUCCAUGCAGUCAGCGCUGCAUCAACACUUUUGGCUCCUACAAGUGCCUCUGCGUCGACGGCUACGAAGCCCUUGAGCGUAACCCGCAUAAAUGCAAGGCUCUGUCGGCUGAAGAGCCUUUCCUUAUAAUGGCCGACCACCAUGAGAUCCGCAAGCUGAGCGUGGACGGAUCCAAUUACACCAUUCUCAAACAGGGUCUCAACAACAUCAUCCAUAUUGACUUUGACUACAAGAAGGAAUUCAUCUACUGGGUGGAUGCAACGCGGCCAAGUGGACGCAAGAUUAACAGGAUGCGCCUCAAUGGAAGUGACCUGAAGGUCGUCCACAGAACAGCGGUUCCGAGCGCCCUGGCAGUGGACUGGAUUGGCAAGAACUUAUACUGGUGUGAUGCUGAAAGGCAAACACUGGAGGUGUCCAAAGCCAACGGUCUAUAUCCGACAAUCCUCAUCAGCUCUGGCCUUAAGAACCCAACAGACCUGGCGCUGGACCCUCAAACUGGAUAUGUAUUCUGGGUGGACUGCUGUGAACCCGCCUACGUGGGGCGCAUUGGCAUGGAUGGACGGGGACAGAAGGUCAUUAUUGACUCGGAGAUUUACAGCCCGACUGCUCUCACCAUCGACUACACCAACAAGAGGCUCUACUGGGCGGAUGAUAACCACAUUCUCUUUUCCAACAUGGACGGCAGCCACAGACGCAAAGUCUCCUAUGAUCACAUCCAAGGCGUGAUGGCCCUGACUUUGUUUGAGGACUUUAUCUACUGGACCGACGGGAAAUCCAAAUCUCUCCGGCGCGUUCACAAGACAACCGGCGCCCAGGGGAUGGAGCUUCUAAACUCCUGGCAAGCGAUCAAAUCUAUCAAGGUCUACCACUCCCUUCGCCAGCCCGAAGUUCCCAAGCACCAGUGUCAGAUUGCAAAUGGAGGAUGCAGCCACCUGUGUCUCCUGUCUCCAGGAGGGGAACACAAAUGCGCCUGUCCUAGUAAUUUUUACUUGGCUGCUGAUAACAAGACCUGCCUCUCCAACUGCACCUCCAGCCAGUUUCGAUGUGGAACAGACGAGUGUAUUCCCUUUUGGUGGAAGUGUGACACCGUAGAUGACUGUGGGGACGGGUCAGACGAACCCGCAGACUGCCCUGAAUUUAAAUGCCAGCCCGGUCGCUUCCAGUGCGGCACCGGCCUGUGCGCCCUUCCACCUUUCAUCUGUGACGGAGAAAAUGACUGCGGUGAUAACUCGGACGAGGCCAAUUGUGAGACGUACAUCUGCCUGUCGGGUCAGUUCAAGUGUACCAGGAAGCAGAAAUGUAUCCCUCUGAACCUGCGAUGCAACGGUCAGGACGACUGCGGAGACGGCGAAGAUGAAACAGACUGUCCUGAAAGCACAUGUUCCCCGGACCAGUUCCAGUGCAAGGCCUCAAUGCACUGCAUCUCCAAACUGUGGGUGUGUGACGAGGACCCAGACUGUGCGGACGGCUCCGAUGAGGCCAACUGCGAUGAAAAGACCUGUGGACCUCAUGAAUACCGCUGCGAGAAUAACAACUGCAUCCCAGACCACUGGAGGUGUGACAGCCAGAAUGACUGUGGAGACAACUCGGAUGAGCAGAACUGCAAGCCAGUCACCUGUAACCACAAGGACUUUGCCUGUGCUAAUGGAGACUGCAUCUCCUCUAGAUUCCGAUGCGAUGGAGAUUACGACUGUUUGGAUAAUUCUGAUGAGAAAGGCUGUGAGGCGCACUGUGCUGAUGACCAGUUUCGGUGUCACAACAACCUUUGCAUCUCGCAAAAGUGGUUGUGCGACGGCCAAGAGGAUUGCAAGAUGGGGGAGGAUGAGAAAAACUGCCAGGAGACAGUUGCUCCUUCAUGCUCGCUGAACGAGUACGUGUGUGCCAGCGGAGGAUGUGUGUCUGCCAGUCUGCGCUGUGAUGGACAUGACAACUGCCUGGACGGUUCAGACGAGAUCGGUUGCGUGAAGGAGUGCAGGGAGGAUGAGUUUCUCUGUCUGAACCGGGCCCACUGCAUCCCUCGGCGCUGGCGCUGUGACGGAGUCUUAGACUGCAUGGACCACAGCGAUGAGGAAAACUGCCACCCGGGUGCUUUUUUCUGCCGAGCGGAUGAGUUCAUCUGCAACAACACCCUAUGCAAGCUCCACACGUGGCUGUGCGACGGCAAAGACGACUGUGGAGAUAAUUCCGACGAAGACGCAGACAUGUGCGCCCAACUUCCAUGCCCUCCCACAAGGCCGUUCCGAUGCCGGAAUAAUCGCGUGUGUCUGCGCACCGACCAAGUGUGCAACAAAGUGGAUGACUGCAGUGACAACUCGGAUGAAGAAGAGUGCGAAGUGAUAGCUGGAAGACCUCGCCCUUGUGGCAAGACCGAGUUCUCCUGCAACAACCGCCGUUGCGUCCCGCUGGAGCUGCAGUGCGACCUUUUCAACGACUGCGGGGACGGCUCGGAUGAACAAGACUGCAAGUCCUUCUCCAGCGGAGAUGUAUGCGGGAGGAAAAUGAAUCCAUGUGGAGAAGAUGCAGUUUGCAAUCAGACUUUGGCAAACUCUGUUUGUCAGUGCAAACCUGGCUUCAAGAGGAUCCAACACUCUGGACAAUGUGAAGAGGUAAACGAGUGCCUGCAGUUUGACGCCUGCCCUCACUACUGCGCGAACACAAAAGGAUCUUUCAAGUGUACAUGUGACCGAAAUUACAAAGAGAUGGAUGGCAGCUGUGUUGCAAAAGGGCCGGAGGAGCGAGUGCUCUACAUCGCCAAUGAUACAGAAAUUCAAAGUUUCACAUACCCAUUUAACCAGAGUCAAGGACACAAACUGUUUAUUCACAUCGAAGACAAUGCUCGCAUCAUCGGAAUGGACAGUUUGUUCCACCACCAAAGAUUUAUAUGGGCGACGCAGUUUAAUCCCGGAGGGAUCUUUUACAAAGAAAUCCCUGAACGGAGUCAGACUAAAACAAACGCAAAAAACAUUUGCUCGGACUUCAGGCGGCCCAGGGAUAUCGCCGCUGACUGGAUUACGGGGAAUAUUUACUGGACGGAUCACUCACGGAUGCACUGGUUCAGCUAUUACACGGCGCAUUGGACUAAGUUGCGAUAUUCCAUCAACGUGGGGCAACUGAAGGGGCCCAACUGCACACGCCUGAUUACCGACAUAGCUGGGGAACCUUAUGCUAUUGCUGUCAACCCAGCCAGAGGAAUGAUGUACUGGAGUGUUAUCGGUGAUCACUCUCACAUAGAGGAAUCCGCCAUGGACGGCUCCUUGCGCCGAGUCCUCCUGGAGAAAAACCUACGGAGACCCACCGGUCUGGCUAUUGACUACUUCAACCAACGCUUGUACUGGGCUGAUCCUGAGCUCUCACACAUCGGAAGUAUGAGGCUGGACGGGUCGGACCCCAUGGUGACCAUUGGGGAGAGACACGGGAUCUUCCAACCCUACAGAAUUGACAUUUUCGAAGACUUCAUCUAUGGAACUGGACUGAAACACGAAGUCUUCAAGAUUCACAAAUAUGGAAAACUGCCCGUGGAAAUCCUUAAUUUGGGAGUCGAGAAACCAACCAAUGUAUUAAUCUCCCACCGCUUCAAACAACAAGAUGCCUCUAAUCCUUGCCUGAGAAUGUCCUGCGACUUCAUGUGCUUGCUGAACCCCCUGGGCGCCAGGUGCACCUGUCCCGAGGGGAAGGUCCUGGUGAACGGAAGCUGCAGCGAUGUCAACAUCUCAGGUGAAUUGUGCCGGCCGCCAUGUGAGAACGGCGGUCGUUGUUUGGCCAACGAGAAAGGCGACUGGAGAUGCUACUGCUGGCCGGACUUCUCAGGGGAGCGGUGCGAGGUUAACCACUGUGCUGACUACUGCAUAAAUGGAGGCACUUGCACUGGCUCACCUUUAGGCAAGCCGACAUGCCACUGCCCAGUGGGGUUCUCCGGUUCGUUCUGCGAAAGAAGGAUCUGUGACAACUACUGCAUGAACGGUGGGACAUGUGACGUCACCCACGGGAACCAGCCGGUGUGCCGCUGUUUAGCGGAGUAUACCGGCGACCGCUGUCUGUACCACAUCUGCCAUCACUACUGUGUGAACUCCAAGGCCUGCACGCUGUCCAGCAGUGGCUAUGUGGAGUGUGUGUGUCCUGCCAGGUUCGAGGGAACCAAGUGUGAGGUGGACAAAUGUCUCAGAUGUCACGGAGCUCCCUGUCUCAUCAAUGAGGAGACUGGUGACGUGGUUUGCAAUUGCACAAACGGCAGAAUUGCACCGAGCUGUCAGCUGUGUGACGGAUAUUGCUACAAUGGAGGCACCUGUCACCUGGACCCAGACACCAACCUGCCUUUCUGCCACUGCACUUCAGGGUUCAAGAACCAACGUUGCGAUGAGCUGGCCAACCCCUGCGAUUACUUCUGUCAGAAUGAGGGGAUAUGCACAUUAACAGCUCAUAACAAACCACGCUGCAAAUGUUCAGCUAACUGGGCCGGCACACAGUGUGAGAGACCUGCACCCAAGAGCAGCCGGUCAGACAACACCACCGGAGGGAGCAUAGCUAUCAUUGUGCCGCUGGUCCUGCUGGUCAUCUUGAUUGUGAUGGUGGUGGCCGGUGUUUACAUCUGCAGACGGAGGCAAAGGGGAAAACGCGUCCAGAGGCAGCCCAUGACAAAUGGAGGGAUAAAUGUGGAGAUCGGGAACCCGUCAUACAACAUGUAUGAGGUUGAACACGACAACCAUGCCGAUGCAGGCAGCCUGCUGAGACCCAACUUCACGCUGGACCCUCACAAGGGUUGGUGUGUGAAAUCUAGCGAUCCUCGUAACUUGAGCAUGAAUUCUGUGCCUAAGGAGGUCAUCCCUGGACAGCCCAUGAAUUACUCCAACCCAGUGUAUGCAAAGAUCUACAUGGACGGCCAAAACUGUCGGAAGCCCGUCAUCAAUAUAGACGGACGGAGAGAUUUACUCCCAAAGAAACUUGAGGGAACAAUUCAUGAAACCGCCGCAUAGCCUAUCUUUACACUUUGUACUUGUUCUUAUUUCUACUGCAGGAUACAAUGUAAAUUAAGAAGGAAGGAACUAUACAAUAAUAUUUCCACGUCUGGUUGAGGACUUUCUGGCUCAACAUCAGCAAUUCGUCCUGUGCUGGGUGUGCUUCGGGUUUUCGGUUCUCCAUUUCCGUUUGCUGAUCAAUGUUCGUCCCACCUUAGUCUCACGAUGCAAUAGCUAUGGAUGGUGAAGUGAAGCUGCUGUUUCUCCAAGACGUUUUAGACACCACAAGCUACUCUCUGUUGAAAUGCAGUGCACUUGUUUGUAACCAUAUAUUUUCCAAAACUGUGCAAUGUUGUGACGACAGUUGGCUGACACAGUUUUUGCCAUGACAUGUUUUAUUUUCACUUAUUAUUAUUUUUAUCUUUUGAGGGAAAUACAGAUGAGAGAUUCACGUCCACAAGCUAUAUUUUCAUGAUUAUUCUUCACCCCUUUCCCCCUGAUUUCCUCCUUUCAUUCUCAUCCAGAUCUGCUGUCUGGAUUUCCACUGAAGGCCAUAACAUCAAUGAGAUCAGUUUUUCAUCUCAGUCUUUUAUUUUCUUUUGUUGUUUUUUCUAUCAUUCAAUUCCGCACCAGGUAAUGACUUCUUUUGUUGUAAGAGACGAACCACCCACGUUGAAUGUUCACUGGUCGGAUUCCCGGAUCCUGUGCUGUACACUGAAUAUCAUAUUUUUCUAGCUCUUGUGUCGACAGAUCAAAGAUGUAGACAGAAAUACAUUUAACACAGAUACAGUAAACGGUUAAUAAGAGUUAUCAUAGAGCUCAUCUGUUGCUUUGAACAAAGGAAAGAUGAUAAAUAUAAGAAUUUUAUAAUUUUGUAUUUGAUUUGUAUGUGGUUUGGCUGCUUGUAUUUUGAAGAAAUGUAAUAAAUGUAAGUACUUUUUUAUAUAAAAUGUAAAUGAAUAUUGAAUAAA